CCGGUCAGGGUACAGCAAAACAAUUCCAACUCCACUGCACCUGCACACCCGGAUAACGCGCACAGGCUUACAGUAGCGUUUUUAUCAAUGGAGGAGGAAGGACAAAGACCAAAGCUAAGGAAGAGGAGAGUUCGACCUAUCAUUAGGAUCAUUUUUGGGAUAAUUGUGGUUAUUUUAGUGAUCGUGGUUAUUGUAGUUUUGGCGCUAGCUCUGAGGAGAACGUCCGAGCAUGAGGCAUUUAAAGCCGUCUUUACGUCUCGAUGCAAAGCGUACGAAGGAGGAUAUGACUGUGAACGGACAUGGAAUGCUUUCGAACAAGCCUACGUUGGCAAAGAUCCCUGCAUGGUGCCUCCAGACUCCUACCAAGCUUUAAUGGACGCUACUCCUUUCAAACCUGCCUGCAACAGGAUGAUGUUCUGGAGCAAAACUAAAAAUGUGGUCCAUGAUUUCACCUCAAAGAGAGAGUGCUUUAUCACCAUCGAAGACACGUUUUUGGGAUCGCUUCUGGACGGGUUGACCUGGUGCGGCAAAGAGGGCAGCAAAGACACCUUCACCUCUGACUGUCCGGGAUGGACAAGCUGCGUCAAUAAUACGGUGCGCUCUUUUUGGAACAAGGCUUCAGCUUCAUAUGCAGAAGUGGCCUGCGGCAAUGUCUCUGUUAUGCUAAACGGAUCUAUCGCGACUCCUUUCCAUCCAGCCAGUAUAUUUGCGAGCAUUGAGAUGAAGAAUUUUAACCCCGUCAUCAUGAACAGUCUCAAUGUAGUUCUGGUCACGCAGGAGAAAAAAGUAUCAAACUGUUCCAGCCAAUCUUUAAAGGACUUGCAGAAGGUGUUAGAUAAGGGCAUUGCUUACAGCUGCAAGGAGGUGCCAGAAUCACAAAUACAAGAAUGUGCCUCACAGUCAAAGACAUGUGGAUCCUGUUGGUGAAGUGGCCAACCAUAGUCUACCAAAUUGUACUACUUUACAGUUUAUAGUUGUUUUUUUUUUGGUCAAAUGUUUUGGUUAACUGUUUUCAUGACUCAUUUUAACUGUAUGAAUUAUGCAUUUUUAUAUUGUGGGUGAAAUGGGGAAACAUUUUUAACUUUUAACUGUGUAGCUGCUAUGAUUGAAUGGCCAAUGUUCUAAAUGUCAUGUAAAGAUUUUAAUAAAGAUGUAUAGAUUUCCAA